AUGAUCACGGGCUCGGGCGUGUACCACGCCGUGGAGACGAUGGCGCCGCUGUACACGGCGGCGGCGCUGGGCUACGCGUCGGUGCGCUGGCUCGGGGCCUUCUCCGAGGAGCAGUGCGCGGGGAUCAACCACUUCGUCGCCACCUACGCCCUGCCGGCGCUCGUCUUCGACAUGGUCUCCACCAACGACCCCUACGCCAUGAACGCCCGCCUCGUCGCCGCCGACACGCUGCAGAAGAGGGCCAUGCUGCUCGGCCUCCUGGCGUGGGCCGCGUGGCCCUCGUCCCGCUGCCGCGGCGAGAGAUUGAGCGGCCGCAACUCUGCGCUGCGGUGGGUGGUGACCGCCUUCUCCGUGGCGCAGCUGCCCAGCAUCAUCAUCAUGGGCGUGCCGCUCCUCAGCGGCAUGUACGGGCCCGCGUCCAAGGACCUCAUGAAGCAGAUCGUCGUGAUGCAGUUCUGCCUCUGGUACAACGUCGUCAUCUUCAUGUACGAGUACAUGGCGGCGACGGACGGCAGCACCAAGGCCAGCCUCGGGUUGCCGGAGAAACGCGCCAUUGCGGCAGUUGAGCGAGUCCACCAAGUAACCGUGAACGUUGAAAGCACGGAGCACACCAGACAACAAGGCAUGGCCGUGGCCGGCCAGCAGGCGACGGCGGCGCUCACGACGGAGGUGUGUGCUGGUGAAGAUGAUGAGAGCGCGGAGGCAGAGGAUGACUCGCUGCCGGCGUCUCCAUCGAUGAGGCAUAUCGCUUUCAUGACAGGGAAAAAGGUUCUCAGGAUUCCGAAUAGCUAUGCUAGCUUCCUUGGCCUCGUCUGGGCUCUAAUCACUUUCAAGUGUGGUAUCAAGAUGCCAAAAAUAAUCCUCGACUCUUUGUUCACCAUACAAACUACAACAAUUGGUCUAAGCAUGUUCUCAUCAGGGACGUUCAUGGCGCGACAACCACAGUUCAUUCCUUGCGGCUACGCGAUCGCAAUGGUUUCAUUGGUCCUCAAGUUUCUGAUAGGCCCGGUGGCAAUGUUGCUCGCUUCGCUGGCCGUCGGUAUGCACGGCACCCUGCUACGUAUUGCUGUUGUACAGGCAGCACUCCCGUUGGCCGUCGCUUCAUUUGUGUAUGCUGAAGAGUACAAGGUCCAUGCAGAAAUCAUGAGCACAGGGGUCAUUCUUGGGAUCCUUAUCUCAUUCCCCGUGACAAUUGUGUAUUAUAUUCUACUAGAAUUGUGAUGGAGUUAUCAAAACCGGUAUAAUCAAAGCCUGAAACUCAAUUGAUAUGUGAUGCAUAGAAGACAUGACACACCACAACUGGAGACAUAAAUGUAUCGCAUGGCAUGAUCAUCCAGAAGGAAGCAAAUUAUGACGUUGUUCGCAUAGGAUUACUCAGAAGAAAGUUCACUAUGACUAAAAACAGUUGUGAUGUUUGUUAAAUCUUUAGAGUGUACAAAAGGUACUAUACAGAGAUGGAAUUCUAACUGGCCUGUGUAUUGGUCACCUAAUUGACAAGAGUACUUGCGCAAGGCUAGUGAAUUGAUUUAUGGAGGAGUGACUCCCA